CACAAAAUGGCGGCUGCCGCGGUUCCCGCCAUAACAUGUCGCGGACGCUGCUUCGGGUGUUCAGGGAGCUGAGUGGCUCCCAGCAGCCCGGUGAGGUGGGGGCCGCAGAGUGUGGUCCGCAUGGACCUCCAGUGCUGAUCCUUGGGCCCCCUGACUGCCGGAUGAGCGGGCUUAUGUUUAUGGUGGCGGCUCUUGCGGCAGAGGAGGAAGGAACGGUGCUGUAUCUAUGCCCGGAGCCGCUGCAGACUGUGCCCAAAGCGGGCAGAGCGGCCCGGGACCCACUUAUACUUAAGAAAAUCCGCUUUGUGUACCCCCCUUCCUUGAAGGAUCUUCUUCAGUUCUUCUCCUCACUUCAUCUAACAUCUCCUGCUCCUUCCCUCAUCCUGGUGGAUAGACUGGAGCGAUACCUCCCACCCACAUGUAGCCUCCACGAUGGAGCUCUUAUCUCUACCCUGAUGUUGGACUCUGUAUCCCACUCCCGCUGUGGCCUCCUAGUGUCUGCGGCCCCAAACUCCAUUGGUACUGACGAGGCGUUUGUGGCCGUUGAACGGUACUUCCCAAACCAGUGCCUUGUGUAUCAUGAGCUCUCAUCCGGGGUUAAGGAGCAAGUGUUUAAAAUUAGCUUCAUGUCUCCGAGACCACAGUGGAACCUGCGUGUCGAGGAAGAUGGGAGUAUACAAGUCAGUUCUUGUGUCGCCAUAGGGGAGCAGUGCCCUACAACACAGGACUAACGUAACCCAAGUGAUUGUUUUAUUUUAUUUUAGGUUUUGUUUUGUUUUUUACAUUUUUGUAUAUAAUAAAAAUAAAUUCUGGAA